AUGUCUGAAAAACACAUUUCUGAAGAACUCAAGAAAAUAAUCCCUUUUCAUUACGAACUGGAAAUGGAUAAACUUGAAAUAAUGCGUGUUGAUGGUGUCCCUGUUACUAUUAAAGACCUCGAAGAUCUCACAACAAUACUCCCUUCUUCUUAUAAACUCAACCUAACUGAUGACAAAAUU